AUGUUUAACCUUACCCUCAGCUUUUCUUAAUUUGGUAUUUAAAAGACUCACUUUUAAUUAUAUGAUUGUUAAAAUGAGUGUCUAAAAACAAAACAAUUGUAAAGAGAUAAAUAACCAAUUCAUCUUGUCACAAUAAAAAUUAGAUAGUUGUUAUAGUUCAAUUAAACAAUUUCUGUGAUUCCGAGAAUUCUUACUCAGCCAACUGCAGCUGUAUACAAUGAUGGAUUAGAUAAUGAAAAUUAUGAUUUAAUAGUGAGAUUGGAUGAUGUAAUAAUAAAUGAAAAGACAGGCAAUUAAUAUAUUGCUAAAGAAUUGUUAGGUGUCGGUACUUUUGGAAGUGUUUAUAGAUGUGUGAAGAAUAAUACAAAUUUUGCUAUCAAAAUAAUAAAAAAUAUUAAUGCAUACAAUAUACAAUCCAUGAAAGAAAUUAAAUUGAUUAGGUUCCUUAAUAAAAAAUAAGAGCAUGAAAGCAUAAUUAAAUUGAUUGAUUAUUUUCUUUUUAAAAAUCACGUUUGCAUAGUUUUUCCAUUAUUAGGAUUCAAUUUGGAAGAAUUGCUACAGGAAACUAAAUAUCAGGGCCUUUCAUUGCACAUGAUCAAGAAUAUUUUGAAAUAAUUAAUAGCAGGAUUGGAAUUCCUGCACUCUUUACAUUGGGUGCAUUGCGAUAUCAAACCUGAAAAUAUUUUAUUCACAGAUAAUACAGCCAAAUAAAUUUAGAUAAUUGAUUUCGGAUCUGCAACUGAAUUAAAUAUCAAUUUGUAUUAUUACAUAUAGAGCUUGUAUUAUAGAGCACCUGAGAUUAUUCUCGGCUACAAAAAGACUUGCGCCAUUGAUAUGUGGUCAGUAGGGUGUGUGGCAGCCUAGUUGUACCUAGGAUACCCGUUAUUCCAAGGGACGUCAUCCUUUGAUCAACUAUCAAAGAUUCUUGGCCUAAUUUCUAUUACCAACUAAGAAUUGAUACAAAACAGUCCAAAAUGCCAAGAUUAUUUUAUUAAGGAAAACCAAAACUAUGUUCUUAAAAAUUUGAAGAAGUAUCAGAAUGAAUAUAAUCUAAAUCUACAUGAUCCUGGAAUAUAAAAUAUAACUAAUAUUUAGGAGUUGUAUUUGGAAUUCAAUAAAUCAAGUUUAAGAACAAUCCAAGAGAUGGCCACUAUGGAAGACUUCUUAGAUUUACUAAAGAAGUUACUAGAAUUUGAUCCCGCUUUACGAAUUACAGCUAGCCAAUGUUUGCAACAUCCGUUUUUAAGAGACUUUUAAUUUAAUAUUAAUGACAUUCUUAAGUAGGACCUCUAAUAUCAAUGA